AUGAAAGAAGGUGGAUUCUGGCCUCAGGCAGCUGAUGAUGUUCCAACAUGGAUGACGAGACACGGCACCCUGUCCACCAACCUGGGUUACAGUGAGCCAGACGAGAUGAACGCAACUCAGUCUUCUAACCUGACUGUGGUCAUGGGGUACCGAGACUCGCUCACCAAAGCCGCCAUCAAGAAUGUGAUCGUGGUGGUGCUGGGCAUCUCCAUCAACUAUAUCAACAUCUGCCUCAUCCAGACCUUCAGCAAACACCAGGUGUUCAACACCAACCCCCGCUACAUCCUCUUCUUACACCUGGUGGUCAACGACAUGAUCCAGGUGUCCCUGACCGUCUUCCUCUUCAUCAUCAGCUACACGCUCUACAAGAUCAACGUUUCCAUCUGCGGCGCCUUCAUCCUUCUGGCACUGUUUGCCACUGAGAACACGCCCCUCAACCUGGCCUGCAUGGCAGUGGAGUGCUACAUCGCCAUCUGCCUGCCGUUACACCACGCCCAGAUCUGCACCGUCCGGCGGACCAAGGUCCUCAUCGGACUCAUCUGGAUGACCAGCAUGUUAUCGGUUCUUCCCGACCUCUUCAUCGCGCUGGCGAUCGAACCGCCAUCAUUCUUCAAGUCCCGCGUCUUCUGUGUUCGAGAGACAGUUUUCCGAAACCCCCACAUCAUCCGGAAACGGGACAUUACUUACAUUGUGUAUCUGGCGGUCGUCUGGAUAGUGAUCCUGUACACGUACUUCAAGAUCAUAUUUACGGUGAAGAUGGCGAAGAACGACGCCAGGAAGGCGCGGAACACCAUCCUGCUGCACGGCUUCCAGGUCAUGCUGUGCAUGGCCACUUACGCCGAGCCGCAGCUCAGACUGGCCUUGCACAAGGCCUUUCCCGAGCACAGCAAUGACUUCAGCUUCGCCUGCUACGUGGUUGUGUAUGUGCUGCCGCGCUCCAUCAGCCCCGUCGUCUACGGGAUACGAGACAGUACCUUCAGGAAGUACCUGCGCCGCCACCUGCAGUGCAGCUCCUGCACCUGA